AUGACCCCCCCGGACCCCCCGCUCUGUCUCGCCCAUUACUGUGACCUUCACGGGCCUACGCCCUUGAUGGUCACCGAGGGCCUGCCCGUUCCCUGCCCAUGUUGCGACGAAGACUCGCGAGAUCCUGGCUUCGACAACCCCCGUUCUCGUGCUCCCGCAUCCGGCGAGUCGGCCUACACAGCCAAUAUCACAGAAGCCCUCCGGCGCCUCAGCUUCACUGCACCCCAACGGAGUUCGUCAGUUCCCGCAACCGAACAAGAAGUCCAAGCACACCGCGCAUCCCUCCGCCGCGCUGCCCAGGCCGCCCCAGCUGCGGCCUCCGGGUCCGCUAUCGAGACGCCUCCGCAGAGUCCGCGCCUGCCCCACGGCCCCGGUGCGGCGCAGCUGAAACCGCGCCAGGACUCGGGCUUCCGUAGGACCUACGAUGACUACGUGACUAGGCGCGCUGGCCCGUGCGAGAACUGCGCCUUGACUCUGCCGAAGCGACAGGAGGGCAGCAGUGAUGCCGGCAUCGAUUCGCGGCUUGACCGCGGCCCUACUCUGAGAACCCGAGCGCCAUGUGCGCGUGUCUUUACUGGGGUUGACACCAACACCUCGCCACCAAGAUCGCAAUCUUCCUCGUCUUCUCCCUCUGAGGAUGAAGCCAGCAGUCGGCCACGCCUACCUCACCGUCGUACCGGGACGGCGCUCUCAGUAACAUCGCGCUCUACUUGCAGCUCUGGGAGCGUCAACCCUAUCGCGCACACCCACUACCUCGACUACACAUCGACUCACGAGCCUCUUGCCCCCUCGUCCUUCUCUCUCGUUCGCGCCUCGUGUCUGCGCACAUUGUCGUUGGAAACCCUCCCACGCGCGCCAGCGACGACCGCGCCGUCGGCUGGAGCCGCCAUGCCGACCCCGAGCGGUUCGCCCAACAGCCCGGCCUACGUCACAACACACAGCGUCGGCGCUGCCGCCUCCGGCGGCUCCAUAUUCUUCGGAGACAAGAAGGUCGGCUACACCACCGCCUACAUCUUCCGUGUUCCCGACGUGCAUGCGCGCGGCCACAAGCGCGUCUACGCCUUCCUAGCCCUCAGCACCCAUCCGGAGCCCGUCGCCGUGAAGCCUUUCACCUUCCUGUCCUCCGCCUUCCGCGACAUGGCUGCUUGGAUCCAAGGGCUGGCAGAGGCCGAAGCCGAGCGCGCCCAGGCCGAGUCAUGUGGGACGACGGCAAGCAGCCCAGUCCUGCCCGACCCGGGCUACGGAAGCUUCCAGUCCGAACCAGCUGCCCCGCCCGUGUCUGGAGCCAGCAACAGCAGCUUCCUGAUGGGCGGCGUCAGCGGCGGCGGCCUGUCGCGCCGGAUGGGCGGCGGCUUUGGAGGGUCUGGCAUCGCACUGAAGCAGCGCGGCCUAGCUGAGCUGGUUGGCCAGCCGGAUUUCUUCAUCGAGCUGCACGCUAAGUUCGUCAGGCUACUGCUGGAGAUCGGGGUCAUGAUGGGGUCGUGA